AUGAAAGGGUCUCAGUUGAAGCCUGCAGGUGGGAUAGGAAAGAAACCUAUGUUCCAGUUCAAUGGAAAGUGCUUCAAUUGUGACAAAGUUGUGCAUCGAUCAGCAGACUGCCGUCAGCCUCGAAGGGAUAAUAAGCAGUGUCCUCUGGCUAAUAUGGUUGGAAAUGAGAGAGAUCAUCUCUCAGAUGAAAUAUCUGAGGUAAACCUCAUGGCGAUGAUUAGUGAGGUUAACCGGUGGGGUCUAAUCCAAAGGAGUGGUGGCUGGACACUGGGGCUACUUGCCAUGCAAGGUGAUGAAGUGCUUGGUAAAGGCAAGGUGAUCCUGAAGAUGACAUCUGGCAAAAAGCUUACUCUGACUAAUGUGCUGUACGUGCCAGAGAUUUGCAAGAAUCUGGUCUCUAGGUCUCUUUUGAGCAAGAAUGGGUUCCGCAUGGUCUUUGAGGCGGAUUAG